CUCACUGGUUGCCUUCAUUUAGCGCCUUCAGUUGGUACCCUCAAUUGGUUCUCUUCAGUUGGUGGUCCUCAAUUGGUGGUCUUCAGUUGUUGGGUAGUGGUGGAAGGAGGAUGAAACUGUGCUUUCUCCUCCCACAGUCACAGCUCUCAGGCUUGUUGCAUCCAGGCCCUUCUAAAAUAAACCAGACAGAUUGGCAGGUUUUUCUCAGCACACAAGUCAGCUCAGGGUACGGGGUUGAUGUGGGGUGUGGGCUGCUAGUGUAGUGCUGCCCGAUGGCCCAGGGCUGCCAGUGCCAGCCAUGCUUUUGGAAGGAAGAAGUGAUAGGUGUUGAGCUCUGCAGACUUGGGACAAGCGAAGGCUCAAGCUGCUCGAGAAGAGCAGGGUUGCACCAUGGGGAUCACACUGAACUGUCACAUGUGCACCAAAGCCAGCCUCAGUCACGGCCAGCACAAGCAUUCUGCAAAGCCAGCCUGUGGCUCUGACGUCUACAAACGUUCGCACAGCAAAGAUGCAGGCUGCGAUAUAUAGGAGCAGAGGCUCCCGGAACACUCUGUCCCUCAAUGCCAGCCUCAAGUGGAGCCAGCUCAGGGUGUGGUGGGUGAAGCCGUCCUGCAGCUCUGCGAUCCAUAAGAUAGAGGUGGCAGUAGUGAUGCACUUCACUGUAUGGAGCCUGCCCAAUCGAAUUUGGGAACCAGCGAGGGUCCUGACAACACUACAUUGGCCGCCAGAAGAUGCCAAAAGGUAGGGAGGCGACUGAUGCUGCUAAAGUUUAGGAUCUCCUCUGGCCGUUCCUGGCCCAAGGUUCCCCCAGAGGCAUCCAAAGCCUCAGUUUUCUCAUCUAUAAACGAUGUGAUUGUUAUGAGGCUUCCAUAAGGUAAGUGCGUAAGAACCAUGGCAAAAUGCUUGUAACUUAAAAGAGAGGGUUCCUAUGAGGCUUCCAUAAGGUAAGUGUGUAAAAAUGUGGACACAAUACCUAUAAUUUUUUAAGUGUUCAGUAUAUGGAGAAGGGGGAUUAUUUUUUCUCACCUAAUUUUUACAAUGAAUUUAUAAGAUUGGUGACACUCAUAUUUCUUAGACAAUGUAACCAAUGAUCAGAAAGAAUAAAUAGAUAAUUAAAGUCACAAAGCAGUUCGCAAUGCAUUCACUGGGUAAUUUCUGGUUAAAACUAGCAAUGAUGAUCACAUUGAAAACUUUCUAUUAUGUGGUGGUUUUCACUUACGUAAUCCUCUUGGUGUUUUUGAAACCAUAGAUUCUAAGUUGCUCUACCAAAGUGAUUAUUAGAAAACUGUGAUGUACUUAGUGUGUAAAUUUUAGAAAACUUCUUCUGUUAUUCUUGUUAAUUUGAUUGAGCAUGUGUGUUAUUUUCAAAAAUGUAAAUGGAAUAUAUAUUGAUCGGAUUUAUAUGUGUAUAUAUGAGAUAUGACUUGACUUUAUAGAGUAGGCUUAGCUGAUGGCAAUGUUUUCUUCUGAAAGCACUUGCAGAAAUCACUCUUAUUUCUAGUUUGUUAAUGUUUCAGAGAUUAUGGGGGAGAGGGCGUUCUAGGAAUCCCAGACACUGCGUGAGGCACAUUUGGUUUCAGUAAUUUUAGCAUCAUUCACUGUAAGGUGAUGAUCCCUAGGAACUUCUUCACAAUGAGAAACCUGAAAGGUCCUAGCAGCCAGCAAUGAAUGAAAAGUGGGGUGAGGCCGCUGGCAGGGCGGGGCCUUGUGAGCCAUGUGCCUGUGCUCUCAAGUUCCAAGUUUGUGGGGAUGCAUGCAGGGGAUUCUGGCCCUGAUUGUUUCCCCUGAACCAGGAUGCGUUCUGGUUGGCAGGGCAACUGGCCUUCACUUGGUGGCCUUCAGUGGGUGCCCUCAUUGGUUGCCUUCGUUUAGUGCCCUCAGUUGGUACCCUCAGUUGUUUAUCUUCAGUUGGUGGUCUUCAGUUGUUGGGCAGUGUUGGAAGGAGGAUGAAUCCAUUUGUGCUCUCUCCUCUCCCAGUCACAGCUCUCAGUUCUUGUUGCAUCCAGGCCCUUCUAAAAUAAAGCAGACAGGUGGCAGGAUUUUUUUAGCAGACAAGUCAGCUCAGGGUACAGGGCUGAAGCAGGGUGCGGGAUGCUAGUGCAGUGUCGCCUCAUGGCCCAGGGCUGCCCGUGCCAGCCAUGCCUUUCCCAGGAAGAGGCGAUAGGUGUUGAGCUCUGCAGAGUUGGGGGCAAGCGAAGGCUCAAGCUGCCCCAGAAGAGCAGGGGUGCCCCAUGGGGCCCACACUGAACUGUCGCAUGUGCACCAAAGCCAGCCCCAGUCAGGGCUGGCACAAGCAUUCUUCAGGCCAUCCUGUGGCUCUGACAUCUACGAGUGUGCAUACAGCGAAGGCACAGGCUGCGAUAUACAGGACCACAGGCACCCGGAACACGCUGUCCCCCACUGCCAGCCGCAAUCGGACUAUCUCAGGGUGCGGUGGGUGAAGUUGUCCUGUAGCUCUGAGAUCCAUGAUAUGGAUGUGCAGGACCCCACUGCUUUGGAGGCUGCCCAAUCGACUAUGGGAGCCAGCGAGUGUCCUGACAGCAGCACAUUGGCCACCAGAAGACACCAAAAGGUAGGGAGGUGAUGGAUACCAUUUAGAUACAGGAGCUCCUCUGGCUGCUGAUGGCCCACAUUUGCCCCAGAGGCAUCCAAAGCCUCAGUUUUCUCAUCUAUAAAAAUGUGAUUGUUAUGAGGCUUCCAUAAGGUGUGUAAAAACCAUGGCAAAAAUGUUUGUAAUUUAAAAGAGGGGUUUCUAUGAGGCUUCUAUAAGGUAAGUGUGUAAAAUCUGGACACAAUACCUAUAAUUUAGGUCACUGUAACCUCUGCCUCCUGGGUUCAAGCGAUUCUCCUGCCUUAUCCUCCCGAUUAGAGGCAUGCGCCAUCAUGCCUGACUAAUGUUGUUCUUUUUAGGAGAGACGGGGUUUUACCAUGUUAGUCAGGCUGGUCUCGAACUCCAGACCUCAGGUGAUCUGCUCACCUUGCCUUCCCUAAGUACUGGGAUUACAGGCAUGAGCCACCAUCCCCAGCCAAAAAUUUCAUUCCUUGAUCAACAAACCUGUUUCCAAGGAGAUGCUUGUGGUCUAAAUAUGCAGAUUCCCAGUCAUUACCAAGAAGAAGGGAAUAACUGCAAGGCAACCUCGGAGGGAGUUUAGGAUUGUUCUGAGGCUGUGAAAGCCAUUGAAAUUCACACGUAAGAGGAUAGAGAAAGGGAAUCCACAUGUUUGAUCCCUCCAUGUACUGGGUAUAACUUGGUCUUCGUUAAGUUUGCACCACCUUUGGCAUCAGAGAGAACUGGAUUUGAAUCCCAGUUCCAACACUCAUUACGAUGUGAUCAUGAAUGUGUUUCUAACUCCUCAGAACCUCCCUUUGCUUAUCUAUAAAAGAGGGGAUUCUUAUGAGGCUUCCGUAAGGUAAAUGAGUAAAAAUUUGGGUGGACAAAAUGCCUGUAAUUUAAAAGAUAGGGUUGUUAUGAGGCUUCGAUAAGGUAAGUGUGUAAAAAUCUGGACACAGUGCCUAUAAUUUUGUUAGUGUUCCAUAUAUAGAGAUGGAUUAUUUUUCUCUCAUUUAAGUUCUAGAGUAAGUUUAUAAAAUGGUGUUACUCAUAUUUUUGAAAAAAUCAAACCAAGGAUCACAAAGAUUAAAUGAGUCACCAUAAUCACAAAGCAGUUCACAAUACAUGUCCUGGGUGAUUGCCAGUUAAAAGUAGCAAUGAUGAUCACAUUUAAAAUAGUGAAUUAUGUGGUGCUUUUCUCUUAUGUAAGCCUCUGUUUGUUGAAGCCAUAGAUUCUAAGUUGCUGUAUCAAAAUGAUCACUAGAAAACUGUGAUAUACUUAGUGUAUACAUUUCAGAAAAUGUCUUCUAUUACUCUUGUUAAUUUGAUUGAAUAAUGUGUUAUUUUCAAAAUUGUAAAUGGAAUACGUGUGGAUUGAAUAUAUAUGUAUAUAUAUAUAUGAAACAUGAUUUGUCAUUAUAGUGUAGGCGUAGCUCAUGGCAAUGUGUUUUUCUGAAAGCAGCUGCAGAAAUCUUUUUUUAGUUUGUAAAAAUCUCAGAGGUUAUGGGGGAAAGCGGGGUUCUAUGAAUCCCAGAUAAUACAUGAGGCGGAUUUGGUUUCAGUAAUUUUAGCAUCAUUUAUUGUAAGGUGAUGAUCCCUAGGAACUUCAUCACAGUGAGCAACCUGAAAGCUCCCAGCAGCCAGCAAUAAAUGAGAUGUGGGACAAGUCCACUGGCAGGGCGGGGACCUUAAGAACCUGGUGCUUGAGCUCCCAAUUCCAAGUUGGGGGGACACAUGCAAAGGAUUCUGGGCCUGAUUGUUUCCUCUAACCAGGAUACAGUCUGGUUGGCAGGGCAACUGGCCUUCACUUGGUGGCCUUCAGUGGGUGUCCUCAUUGUUUGCCUUUGGUUAGUGCCCUCAGUUGGUACCCUCAGUUGUUUCUCUUCAGCUGGUGGUCCUCAGUUGGUGGUCUUCAGUUGUUGGGCGGUGGGGGAAGGGGGAUGAAUCCGUUUGUGGUCUCUCCUCCCCAAGCCACUGCUCUCAGGCUUGUUGCAUCCAGGCCCUUCUAAAAUAAACCAGACAGGUUGGCAGGUUUUUUUUUUAGCAGACAAGUCAGCUCAGAAUACGGGGGUGACAGGGGGUGUGGGCUGCUAGUGCAGUGCCACCCCAUGGCCCAGGGCUGCCCAUGCCAGCCAUGCUUUUGCCAGAAAGAGGUGAUACGUGUUGAGCCCUGCAGACUUGGGGGCAAGCGAAGGCCCAAGCUGCCUGAGAAGAGUAGGGGUGACCCAUGGGGCCCACACUGAACUGUUGCAUAUGCACCAAAGCCAGCCCCAAUUGACAAAAGGGUUCGCAGAGCCAACCUGUGGCUCUGACAUCUACCAGCAUGCAGACUGUGAAGACGCAGGCCGCGAUAUACAGGAGCAGAGGCGCCCAGAACACGCUGUCCCCCAAUGCCAGCCACAAGCAGGGCUAUCUUAGGGUGUGAUGGGUGAAGCUGUCUUGCAGCUCUGAGAUCCACAAGGCAGAGGCAGCAGUAGCGUUGGACUCCACUGCUUUGGAGGCUGCCCAGUCAAAUUUGGGAACCAGCAAGAGUCCUGACAGCAGCACACUGGCCACCAGAAGACAUCCAAAGGUAGGGAGGCGGCAGAUACUGCUUAAGUUCAGGAGCUCCUCUGGCCAUUGCUGACCCAAGUUUCCCCCAGAGACAUCCACAGCCUGGGGCUCCUUCCUCCUGCCCGGAGUUUGCUUUCCUAUGCCCAGGCCCCAAGCAGGAGGGCUGGCUCUGCCUCAAGUCCUGAUCCCUUCUUCUUUCCCUGCUGUUUCCAGCCGGUUUCUUACUUUCCUCCUACCUACCCCAAUGCCCAGUUCUGUUUCUUCCUCUUCUUCCCCCAGGCUGGCUGAAAACUAAGUUUCAAAAUACAAAAUGCAUGCUACAGAUUUCAUUGCUGUAGAUGAAAUGCUGACAGCUUUUCUAUUUAACUCUGGUUGUUCUCUUCAUUUCUUUAAACGUUAGAAUAAUUAAGCCUCAUGAUAGAUGUGCCUUUGUAACUUGAAAGUACAACACUCAAUUUUCACAAUUAAAAAAAAUUUUAAAUUUUUCUUUUCAUAAAUUUUUGGCAAACAGGUAGUAUUUAGUUAUUGAAUAACUCCUUUAGUGGAGAUUUGUGAGAUUUUGGUAACCAAUCACCCAAGCAGUACACACGGAAUCCAAUUUGUAGUCUCUUAUCUUUCUCCCCCUUCCCACCAUUUUCCCCUGAGUAUGAUUCUUUUUUUUGAGCCUGAGUCUCAUUCUGUCACCCAGGCUGGAAUGCUAUGUCACGAUGUCAGCUUGCUGCAACCCUUGCUUCCCGAAUUCAUGUGGUCCUCCUGCUUCAGCCUCCCAAGUAGCUGGGAUUAGAGGCACGGGUCAUGACGCCCGACUACAUUUUUUGUAUUUUUAGUAAUGACUGGGUUUCACCAAAUUGGCCAGUCUGUCCUUGAACUCCUGACCUCAAGUGAUGCGCCUGCCUUGGCCUCCGCUAGGGCUGCGAUUACAGAAAUGAGCCACCAGAACCCAGCCAAAUAUUCCCCACUGUCUUUUUUUUCUUUUUUUCCUAAUCUCCUAAAGUCAUUCUUUGAGUUGUCAUGUAGAUUAAUAGGUUUCUCAAAUUACUGGAAAACUAGUUGAAGAAAUAAACAGGCAGUUUGUGAAUAUUAAACAGAACAGUGGUGCUGAGCAUGGCUAAAGCAUCUCUGCAUUCACAGCGAGAGGAGCGGAAGACCUUCUGGUGUGGGCUGGGCGGCAAUUAACUUGCAGGACAAACAGCCCAGGUGUGGAGAGGCGGCCACCCUUGGCGGGAUCCUUUCUAAGCAGCUGAGAAAUCAAUGUAGAGCUUCUUCUGUCUGAUUCUGUAACAACUGCAAACCUUCCAUGAGUCAAGCUUUCUGUCAAAAGGACAAAUUAAAAGGACCUAUAAAAGGCAUCACCCAGCCCAAUGGACAGAUGCCCCGGGCUGCACAUUCUGUCAGUGCUGUUCUGGAAAAGGCCCAAACACAUGCUGAAACAUCGAAGAACUCAUAUAUAUACAUCUCAUUUGGUCUCAUCACAAUCUGAGACACAGGUCAUAAUAGGGACUACGGGGCUCAUUUUAUACCCGGUGAACCAGCCAACUUUCAUGCAGUUGAGAAAAGGUAAACUGUCCAGGAUAAGAAGCCAGCCCUCGGGAACCGCCAGGAGCGCCCCGGGUCCCGCAAGGCCCCAAGUCCAGCCUGCCCCGCCUCCUCUGGUGCAGAGGUCCUGGGACACCAGAAGCAGCCCCGCCACGCUCCCCAAGGCCAAGAACACAGGUGGCAGGGGCUUCUCCGCCCUGCCAGACGACUUCCUGCCGCCACCUCCACCGCUGCCACCCCUGGACGACCCAGAACUCCCGCCGCCCCUGGACUUCGUGCUCCCUCCCCCCGCGGUCGCCAAGAGGCCUCCUAUGCCCCACCCCCGCAAGAGACACGAAGAAUCAAUGUUCAGAAGCAGCAAAUGAAUAAAAUAAAUGAAUAAAAGUUAAACGUUC